UUACGCGCUUGUCUGCUCUCUUGUCUGCUCAGGAGGAGUGAUCUCAGUAAUUGUGGAAUCAUUUCAUUAUCGCAUUUCAGCGCUGCGACGGCUGCGCCUCGAAUUCUACGACGUUGAGGCAUUCUACAGCGCGAAUUGCAAGCACUGUCCAGACUGCAACGCAGCGCUUUUGCGGCGCAGUACACACGGUGACGGAUAGGACGCGUGCGAGACUCUUAAUCGUGGUGCUACAGCGAUGCGCAUGCUAAUAGUGACAUGCCUCCUCGCGGUGCGUACCGCCGGCAUCGCAAUGCCCGCGCCGCGUCCGGUCGCAGCGAGACCGACCGCGGACGCGGCUCUCCAAGCGCUCGAGUGGCGGCUGCUGAAGCGCGUGCGGGAGUGCGUGCGCGACUACGAGAUGAUUGGUGCCGGCGAGACCGUCGCCGUCGCCGCGUCGGGCGGCAAAGAUAGCAACGCAUUAAUAUACUUGCUGCGCGAGAUGAGCGCGCGCCGGCUGCUCGGCAAGGACAACUUUGAUCUUAGAGCAGUGCACCUGGACCAGAAGCAGCCCGGGCACGACCCGACGCCCCUCGCGGGCUGGGUGCGUGGCCUGGGCAUCCCCUUCGAUUUGGUCGAGGAGGACACGUAUAGUAUUGUGGUGGAGAAGACGGCGCCGACGAAGUCGUACUGCGGCCUCUGCUCACGCCUCCGGCGCGGCAUCCUGUACACGCACACGCAGCAGAUCGGCGCGCAACGAUUGGCCCUGGGCCACCACCGCGACGACGCGCUUGAGACGCUCCUACUGAACAUGGUCCAUCAGGGAACGAUGAAGGCGAUGCCCGCGCGCUACGUCGCGAGCCGCGGCGUCGACGUGAUCCGUCCGUUGAUGUACUGCGCGGAAGACGAUCUCCGGGAGUACGCGGCGCGGCUCGAGUUCCCCAUCCUUCCCUGCAACCUCUGCGGCUCGCAGCCGGCGGGCAAGCCCUCGCAACGCCAAGGCGCCAAGCAACUUCUUCACUUCCUUGACGCGUUCGGCGGCGACGGCGAAGAUGUCAGGGAGAACAUGCUCCGCGCCUUGUCGGACGUGCGGCCCUCGCAUUUAUUGGACCGCGACCUGCGCGGCGCCUGCGGGCUAGACCCGUGUACGGGUGAGCCCGUCGACGACCGGGCGGCGCGGAUCUUUCGGGCGCCGGGGGGUGACGACGACGAGCUGGGGAUACGGCGCUAACUCAUAGAGUACAUAAAAACA